AUGCCCAACAGCAGCUCUGUGGGUGAGUUCCUCCUGCUGGCAUUCGCAGACACGCGGGAGCUGCAGCUCGUGCACUUCGCGCUCUUCCUGGGCAUCUACCUGGCUGCCCUCCUGGGCAACGGCCUCAUCCUCACCGCCGUAGCCUGCCACCACCGCCUCCACACCCCCAUGUACUUCUUCCUCCUCAACCUGGCCCUCCUCGACCUGGGCUGCAUCUCCACCACUCUCCCCAAAGCCAUGGCCAAUGCCCUCUGGGACACCAGGGCCAUCUCCUAUCAAGGAUGUGCUGCUCAGGUCUUUCUGUUUGUAUUUUUGAUGUCAGCAGAAUUUUAUGUUCUCACCAUCAUGUCCUACGACCGCUACGUUGCCAUCUGCAAGCCGCUGCACUAUGGGAGCCUCAUGGGCAGCAGAGCUUGUGCCCAGAUGGCAGCAGCUGCCUGGGGCAGUGGCUUUCUCAAUGCUGUCCUGCACACGGCCACUACAUUUUCCCUGCCCCUCUGCCAAGGCAAUGCUGUGGACCAGUUCUUCUGUGAAAUCCCCCACAUCCUCAAGCUCUCCUGCUCAGAUGCCUACCUCAGGGAGGUUGGGUUUAUUGCAUUUAGCUUUUGUUUAGGUGCUGGCUGCUUUCUUUUCAUUGUGUUGUCCUAUGUGCAGAUCUUCAGGGCCGUGCUGAAGAUCCCCUCUUCUCAGGGCCUGCACAAAGCCUUUUCCAUGUGCCUCCCUCACCUGGCUGUGGUCUCCCUGUUUGUCAGCACUAUCGUGUUUGCCUGCCUGAAGCCCCCCUCCGUCUCCUCCCUAUAUGUGGACUUUGUGGUGGCAGUUCUGUACUCGGUGGUGCCUCCAGCACUGAACCCCCUUAUCUACAGCAUGAGGAACCAGGAGCUUAAGCAUGCACUGAAGAAGCUUGUAAAAUACAUCUGGUACAGUCAUCCUUUUGGGAAGGUGGAGGCUGGUGAUGAGUGGUGUCCCUCAGGGUCUAUCCUGAGACCGGUACUCUUUAAUAUCUUUAUCAAUGACAGGGACAGUGGGGUAGAGUGCACCCUCAGCAAGUGUGCAGAUGACACCAAGCUGAGGGGUGUAGUGGAUGCAACAGAGGAAGGGAUGCCAUCCAAAGGGUCCUGGACAAGCUUGAAAUUUGGGCCCCUGUGA